CCUGGGCGUUCCCCGCGGGGCGGAGUCAAACCUGUGGGCGGUGGCGGCUGCGCUCGCAGGGCCCUGGCAGCCGGCCCUGGCCCCAAGGCCUGAUCGCCCAGGGGAGGAGCAGCACUGGGACCCCGCGCCUGCUAGGCGCCCCCAAAGAAAACCUCAUGGAAAAAUUCAGUGUAUGUGACAGAACAAAGCAAAGCUGCUGUGGUUGAAGCUGAGGUGACAGAGUCCUGUCUAUUCAGCAGUCCUCGGCCUCCUCCCUGGAAGCCCUGUUUGCAAGGCCCUUGUCUAGGAAAUACCUCCUCUUGGCCUAAUGCCACCUGGAAGCCACUCUUAAUAUGACGGAACAUCUCUGAACUUCUAAAAGACCAAUGUUUGAGUUUUAGCUCUAUGAAUUUUACUUAAUCUUUGAAUUCACAAUGACAACAGUGACAGUGACCACAGAAAUUCCUCCAAGGGAUAAGAUGGAAGAUAAUUCUGCCUUGUAUGAGUCUACAUCUGCUCACGUUAUUGAAGAAACCGAGUACGUGAAAAAGAUACGAACUACUCUGGAGAAGAUCAGAACCCAAAUAUUUAAAGAUGAAGUAAGACAUAAUAGUACAAAUCACAGUCUAGACACAAAGUGCUGUGGAAAUCUUCAACAGGGCUCUCAUUCUGAAAUGGAUCCUUCUUGUUGCAGUUUGGAUUUGCUUAUGAAAAAGAUCAAAGGAAAAGACCUACAGCUCUUAGAAAUGAACAAAGAGAAUGAAGUAUUGAAAAUCAAGCUGGAAGCCUCCAGAGAAGCAGGAGCAGCAGCUCUGCGAGAUGUGGCCAGGAGAUUAUUUGAAAACUACCAAACACAAUCUGAAGAAGUGAGAAAAAAGCAUGAGGAUGGUAAAUACUUACUCCAGGUUAAUAAGAUUGAAAAAGAACAGAAAUUGAAACAACAUGUUGAAAAUCUGAAUCAAGUUGCUGAAAAACUUGAAGAAAAACACAGUCAGAUUACAGAAUUGGAGAACCUUGUACAGAGAAUGGAAAAGGAGAAGAGAACACUACUAGAAAAAAAACUGUCUUUGGAAAACAAGCUACUGCAACUCAAAUCCAGUGCUACAUAUGGAAAAAGAUGCCAGGAUCUUCAGAUGGAGAUUUCCAUUCUUCAGGAGCAGAUCUCUCAUCUGCAGUUUGUGAUUCACUCCCAGCAUCAGAACCUGCGCAGUGUCAUCCAGGAGAUGGAAGGAUUAAAAAAUAAUUUAAAAGAACAAGACAAAAGAAUUGAAAAUCUCAAAGAAAAAGUUAACGUACUUGAAGCCCAGAAUAAAGAACUAAAAACCCAGGUAGCACUUUUGUCUGAAACUCCUAGGACAAAGGUAUCUAAGGCUGUUUCUACAAGCGAAUUGAAGACCGAAGGUAUUUCCCCUUAUUUCAUGCUGAUUCGGUUACAGAAAUGAACUGGCUGGCUGAAGAUCUGAUUUAGAAAGACUGCGUGGAGUUUGUGAUUGCAGUGAAUAAGACCUAACUUGCAGAAAUGCAGACAUAUACUCAGGAAAGAACAAACUUUAUUUAAAUGUAUAAUGAGAGACUUGGUCCCUCUAAAGGAUGAAUUUCCUUUGGGUCUUUGGUCUUCCUUUCUAGUAUAAAACUUUAAAUAUUUGCUCAGGAAAGAUGCUUCAAGCCUUUCAUUGUGGAAUGUGAAAUAUCAGUGUUGUCUAUAAAAUAUUUGAAGGUGUAUAAAAAUGAGACAAUGUAAUAUAUUUACAAAUUCAUCCAAGUACUGUAAUGCUUGAUUUGUUGCAUAACUGUGUAUGAAUUUUAUGCUUCAUGGUAUCUUUGGAAACAUUUUUAUUGCUUGCUUAUUUUGAAGGUAAAAGUUAUCUGUUAACAUUUAGGGUAUAGUUACUCUAUGCCAGGAAGAAGUCUAAGUCCUUUAUUUGUAUUAAUUCCUUUUAUCUUCCCCAAAGCCCUCAUAAGCAGAUAGUAUUAUUCCUGUUUUACAGAGGAAGAUACUGAGAGUGGUUGAGUAAUUUGCCCAGCUGCUAACUGUAAAGCAAAUAUUUGAACCUUUUGACAUGGCUAUUGAUAUUCAUUCUACUUGCUCACAUGGUGGUCUGAGAAAUUUCCCAGCGAAAGAAAUCUCUCUCUUUUUGCCACUUUAAUAAGCACAUGGCUUCCUGGAUGACUGCUUGUGUUAUCCUAUGGAUGACAGUAAGAAACAACACUUACUGAUAAAAUCAAUGUUUUGCUGAAAUGAGUUGACGUUCACCAGUUGAACUACCAUUGUGAGAACUCAGUUCAGACAAACUUCCCUGCUAAAAAUCUGUGUAUCAUACAUUUAUUAUUUAUGACUUUAUGUCAAUUUCUUUGUAAUACAUUUUCAGGCACACUUGUAGGAAAAUUAGGAUCACGAAUCCUGCUUUAAGAAUUUGCAGUAUACUAAGAGAAUCUGUCUUUUACUAGGAGAUCAGAUUCCUUUUUUACCUCAUUUAUCAUGCUGGAUUGUAAUAAAUUGCAGAUUUUGGAAUAGGCUUAUUUAACUGACCUAACAAUUUUGAUGAUUUCCAUUAGGAUAACUUAUGUUAUGGUCAAAAGUGGAAAGACAUUGUUGGUUUUUAUUUUGGUUUCACUAUACUCAUUUUUGAACAUGGAAAUACAGUUGUGAAACAACUUAUGCAAAAAUUGUAACAGUGAGAAAAUUAUGACAGUGAAUACCUCUGACCUAACUAACUAUCUUACCUCCAAACUGCCCUUGGUCAUUCCUGACUGUGGGCCAACCUACCUUUGGAAGAAAUUAACUUUAUUGCUUAAUAAAUGAUAACAGCCCUUCCCAAAGCUAAACUGCCUUUGUAAAACUGCCUUUGAAAGGCCACUAGGUUAAGAGGAGAGGGGCCUAAAUUCUGCUAAGGUAUAGACACAGUUAAAUGAUAACCAGCCAUUAUUCCAGAGGUCACAAGCUAUGCAAAUUUCCCUGUCAUUCCUGUAAAUAACAUCACUAUUAUAGAACCUAAGAUUGGCCUUUUGAAAUAUCUUGUCAGGCUUCUGUGCUUUUUGUUUUUUGUUUGUUUGUUUUUGAGAUGGAAUCUUGCUGUGUCACCCAGGCUGGAGUCCAGUGUUGGUAUCUCGGCUCACUGCAACCUCUGCCUCCCAGAUUCAAGCGAUUCUCCUGCCUCAGCCUCUUGAAUAGCUGGGACUACAGGCACCCACCACCAUGCCCAACUAAUUUUUGUUUUCUUAGUAGAGAUGAGUUUUGCCAUAUUGGGCAGGUUGGUCUUGAACUCUUGGCCUCAGGUAAUCCACCUGCCUUGGCCUCCCAAAGUUCUGGAAUUACAGACAUGAGUCACCAUAUCCAGCCCACUUCUGCAUUACUGAUGACCAGGUGGCCUCACCUGAAGGAGCAGCUCCUCUGUGGCCCUCAACCAAAAUUGGACUCAGUUCAGGAGGAUUAUUUUCUGCAUUUCGAUGAUUGCAUCCCCAACCAGUCAGCAUUUCUCAUUCCUCAAACAGUCUGCCCACAAAACUCUACUUGAAAAACACUAGCCUCUGAAUUUUCAGGGAAGUUGAUUUGAGCGAGCUCUAUGUGUAUAGAACUCUUUCUCUACUGCAAUCCCCCUGCCUUGAUUGGCUCUAUGUGGGCAGUUGGCUCAAUGUGGGCAGAGGGCAAGAUAAACCCACUGGGCAGUUACAGUGGAAUAUAAUACAGAUGAGACCUGCUCAUGAUGUCUCCAGGCUCACUCUGGAAGUCUUUGGAUUUGCUGAGAAUAAAAAUAAGCCAUUUCAGAGGACCCCAAAAGUUCAAAUUCUUCAAAUAUAAAUGUGUCUUUAUAAUACUAUCAGCCUUAUCAUUUAUUUGUCACAUAUAGAUUGUUUUCUAUAUCCUUAUUAUUUCCACUUUUAUCAUUUGAAAUGCUUUAAAAAAAACACCUCUCAGUGAAAAAAAACAACAAGGGGGAAUACUCUUUAUUCAGCUAAAAUAGUAUUCUACAAGACAUAUAGGAAAAGAAACACUAGUUCAAUUGUAUUCUAAAUAAAUAUACUUCUAAUUACACUCUUGAAUUUAUUGGAUAAGAAGGUCUGUGGUGGAUCUGAAAUUCAUACAUGAAGUCAGGAAAAGAAAAGAAACUUAGUACGUUGAUUACAUAUGUUGUUACAAAUUAUCAUUAUGAAAUAUUUAAACAAUUGCUCUAGUAUAUCUUUUGAAUAAUUGCUUAUAAUAUGCCUUACCAUAAAUAAAAUUGAUGCUACAUUGUGCAAAUUAUUUUAUUUCUUUUUAUAUUAAAAUUAUGCUUCCGCAA